AGAAUAUCAUUUCACUUACAUCCAGUCAUCCAGUGUCACAAUCCAUUACAUUGUGUUACAUCCGGUCAGCAGUCGUGCUUCUCGAACUUCCGGCCUACCCCUUCAGUUUAUUCCCCAUUCUAGGCUUAUCGACUGUCUGACUCGAUUUUAGCCAAAGACGUUACAUUGGAUUGCUCAAAGGCAAAAUUUGCUUUGUAAAUUGAUCUCGAAACAUUAAAUUUGCUUCCUGGUUGGAUUGAAUUUAGGUGCUUGACAGCAGAAAUCGCAAGUAUUACGACCAUGUUUUGACCUUGUCAACUAUUCUUUGUCAUGUGUAUGCGGGCUACUUGUAUCAUCAUCUCUGGUCUGAAAUACGGCAAACUGGACAUUCGAUGGGAAUAACCGUUAGAUUAGAGUCUGCGUUAGAUUUGGUCAAGAAAAUGGAGCGAGCGAAGGAGAGACACUGGUGAGAACCACGCGACGAAAGAAUCCUGAAGAAUUUCCCAAAACCUUCAAGUUGUCUACAAUCACACAUUGCUGUACAUCAGAAGGAGUGGACACAAAUUUUUAUUACAUGUGUGGGACCUGUUCAGUGCGUUCAGAGCUUCAGAAGAAAGAAACUUAUUUAGUCACGAUCAAAUUGAUGGUCGUAUGUAUUGCUUGGCCAGACUAACAGAGAACAAUUCGAAUCGGGGUUUAAAUAUCGACGUCAAAGAAGCUAGCAACGAAGUAACAUCAACUACAGCAUCUAUCCGGUUGAACACAACUGGCCGCAAGGAUCCAUCAUGUCAAAUUCAUUUGACACUCCUUUGCGAACUCAACAGUCAUAUACUGAAGACGAACUAUACGGAUUACAUGUGUUUAGCUACAGAAGACUAACCACAAAUGGCGGUACAGGGCCACGUAAACAGCUCAUUGUGUUUAUCACCAGGGCCUCGGAGGAUUCUGGGCAGUUAGAUAAACUGCAGAAGCAGCUUGAUCAAGGCAUGAUCAAUGUUCGGUCUGUUUAUUCAAACAGUUUCCGUUGGAGGAAAAGUGAAGGCACCAAGCUUCUUGCACAAUUAAUAUUGGGAGAUUUCCAAGCUGAAAAGCAGGUCGAUCGACACAAAAUUGAUGAAAUGAAGCUUGCCGAGAAUUUAAUUUUCACCAUGCCUGAGAGUGAUGCGUCCUUCAUAACAAUGGAGGCGACACUUAUGAAUGAGAGCCGAGACAUCAUUUUGCAAACUGGAGAGUUGAACCUACAGCUGUCAAUUUUUCAAGGUGAAACACGCCCCGGCGUGGAAAAUGAGCAUGAGGGAACUCAACCCAUCGAAAUGGAAGCAUAAUGCUGUAUUCAUAAAGAUGAUGUUUUUAGUUAUUUUCUUUAUCUUCUAUUAUAUUUGGAAGGAACUCACAACGUUCGACUAGGGAUAAAAUUAGUACCAGUGAUUAAAUGAUUUCGAGUGCAAGUUGGAGUAAAUGAGCAAGAGUAAUUGUUUUCCACAAAAAAAAAUGACCAAUGGGUGACACAUUUGCGCAAGCGCGUGAGGCGUGUGUAAUUUGUAGUCUUAAUUAGUGAAAAAAAAAAAAAAAAAGAAUACGAGUAGUUGUUCAUUCCAAGUUGCGCAUUCCAAGUUGCGCAAUACGAAUUGAGUGAACGGGAAAAAAAAAAAGAAAAAAAAAA